UGUGUUUACACAGACGGGAAUACUGCGCCAAAGGAAGUGCGCCGGGUUCUCCGUCUUCGCGUUCCGACUUCCUGCUCUGAGGCAGGAGAGAGAAAAGCUGCGGAUCCGCUUUCAGACAGCAGCAGGAGCAUGGAGCCCCUACACAACACACACACACCGCUAUAAGACACAAAUACACACACAUCUCACACACAGGCAGACGGGUAGAGGAGCAGCGGCCGUCCACAGCAGGAUCGCCUGUGUCUCUGGGUCAUCCCGUCAUGGAGAGUUCCAUCACACUCUGGCAGUUCCUGCUGCAGCUGCUACUCGACAAAAGCCACAAACAUCUCAUCUGCUGGACGUCCAACGACGGCGAGUUCAAGCUACUCAAGUCAGAAGAAGUGGCCAAGCUGUGGGGGCUGCGCAAGAACAAGACCAACAUGAACUAUGACAAGCUGAGCAGAGCUCUGCGCUACUACUACGACAAAAACAUCAUUAAGAAGGUGAUCGGCCAGAAGUUCGUCUACAAGUUUGUGUCGUCCCCUGAGAUUCUGAUGAUGGACCCUGCGGUGGUGGAGUCAGGCCGCAGCAGUGAGGAAAGUGCGGGUGCGACGUCAGAGCCUGAGGCUGAAGACGAGGAUGGGGGUGGGAGAAACCAAUACCUUCACUCCGGCCUGUACUCCUCCUUCACUGCCAGCGCCCUGCAGCACUCCUUAGAACCGCAUCGGCCGAUCAAGACGGAGCCCAGAUCCGAUCACCACGGCGACAGCUCCUCUGUCAUCCGAUUCGUAACCAACCACGGCCACUCCUCACUACCCUCCACCCCACCCCCAUCCUCGGCCGACACCUCCGAUUCCUCCAAAUCGUCUCCUCGGCAGGCCCGCUCUUCCUCCUGCUCCUCCUCCCCGCCACAAAGCCCCGCCCACACACGAUGGAGGGGGCGGAGCCAGAGCACAGAGACUAAUGCGUUAGAGCAGAGCGCUCAGCCUCUGAACCUGUCAUCGGGUCAGAGGGAAAGAGAAAGGUCACAGGGCACGGCAAUGCCAGAGAGGAGGAGAUUGGCCAAUAGCGUGCCUUUAAAAAGCAGAAAACCCAAAGGCUUGGAAAUCUCCGCUUCCUCUCUCCUCCUGACAGGAAGUGACCUCGUCUCCAGAGCUCUCAACAGCCCGGCGCUGCCUUCAGGCUCCCUGACCGCUGCCUUCCUCACCACACAGACUCCGUCUGGUCUGCUGCUCACUCCCAGUCCUCUACUCUCCAAUAUCCAUUUCUGGUCCAACCUGAGUCCAGUGGGACCCCUUAGCCCUGCACAACUGCAGAGCCAUGCCCCCCUCUUUCAGUUCCCCUCACUGCUGAAUGGAGUCAUCCCUGUGCCUUUCCCCAGCAUGGACGCUCCCUCUCCUCUGCUGCUCUCCCCAAGCUCCCACAAGUCCUGAUCCCCGAGCUUCAAGAGCAAACUAGGCCAAACCGGGCCGAGCUGGGCUGGAUCAGCACAGAUCAGUACCGAGCCAGUCAGCUUUAGACUUUAACAAUGAACCACACAGGAGUCAGACUUCCUCUGAGUCCAAUUACACUUUGAUCUGAAACCUGUUUCUUUACAUUUACAAAUGAAGAAACAGGAGCUUUACUCUGAAGCUUUGCUAUCUGAGAAGAGUAAUUGUGUUAAACAUUUCUUUGUGUGUUUACUACAGUUCAACUGCUCAUGUCCCUUUACAUUUGUUUCUUCAUCAUCAUGCAAAGAAAUUGACUGGAGGUCAGACCUCAUCACAUUUCUUAUCUCAUUUUAUAUCUCAUCUCAUUCGACUUGGUUCAAAAUUCAGUGAUACAGACCAGUUACAAUUUCAUGAAUGUUAGCGCUAUUUUUCGCCUCUGCUCUGUCAAUAUCCACACCACUGACUCAAACAACGGAGAUCUGGAGAAAUCCUUGUCAGGAAUUAUAAAAUAAGAAGUCGAGAAUGACAGAUGCUCAAGUACAGCUCAUUUAAGUAAAUACAUGUUCACCAUGCUACUGUACAGUUAAAGGAAAUACAGUCCUUUGCUUUCCUACUAAGAGUUAGCGUUAGACGAGAAAAUCGAUACCCCUCUCUCUCAUGAUUGUAGGGUCAAUAUGAAGCUAUAUCCAGGAGACGGUUAGCUUAGCAUAAAGACUGGAAGCACAGAAACCUUACUCUGUCCAAAGGCGACUACUAGCUAGCAGCUUACUAAUUAACACAUCAACCUUAUGAAAAUUAAAAAAACGACAAUUUGUAGUUUUAUAGGGGACUGAAGGUAGAACCCAGGAGAAAUAGUUUGGCACAAAACCUCUGUAAAACCAUUUUUACACAGCUAAAACAAACACCAACAAUAAUUUCUUUAUUUGUGAGCUGAGGUAAGGCGGACUUUGAUAACCUCGGGCAGAGCCAGACUGGCUGUUUCAAGUCUUUAUGCUAAGCUAACCAGCUGCUGGCUGUAAUUACAUAUAUAACUGACAAAAAUAAAUAGUGAUGUAAAUCUUACACUCAGCAAGAAAGCCUAAUUCCAAAAAUGUCAAAUUGUUCCUUUAAAUUUGGACAUAAAAUGGGACCAUAACUGGAUGAUUAAACGCUAAAGCCAUGAAAGAUAUUAAGUAGUGGGUGAUUGGAUUUUUUCCCCCCUGUGCUGAGCCUUCCUUUAAAU